UUUAACCUCAGACGACAGUUUACUGUUUCUCUCUUUGCCGAAUCCCUGGAUGGAUUCAGCUUGAUUGAUUGUAAUGAGUUCGGGGAGCUCAAACAUGGCUGGAGGUGCACUGGGGACGGCCUUCUCUUUCCUGCUCCUCGCCUCUAUUAUACAAGGGUACCAGGAUGUUGAGCUGUUCCAUGAUGAAACGGUGGAAGCAGUAGUGGGCCAGAACAUUAGCCUACACUGUAUUGUAAAAGACAUCACCAAUCUCCAGAUUGUCAAUAUUGAAUGGAGUAAGAGAGGAAAUGAAAUAGAAAAGCUGGCUCUGUACACACCACGUCAUGGAGUCCAUCGAUUUAGGCCUGAUGUUAACAUCCAAAUGGUGAACAAUGAUGCAAACAAAUUAAUGGGCUCCUAUCUACAGCUUCAUAGCUUGAAGAGUUGGAACAGUAGCAUCUAUAUUUGUGAUGUUACAACUUUUCCUUUUGGCUCCACCAGGGUUGAAACAGAGCUAAAGAUCAAAGAUGUUUUCAGAAUAACAUGUGAUGUGAAUAGCACUGUUGAAGUCCAGUCUGGAGAAAAUGUGACCAUUCAAUGCACAGCGCUCCGUAAUGUACAGUACAGGUGGACCAAGAACGAGGAGCUGGUGUCGCAGAAUGAAUCUUUGCAGCUCUGGUGGGUGACAGAUGCUCACGCAGGGGUUUACACACUGACUGCCAGCAGAGGAAACGAAACUCUGCAUUUAGAGUUUAUCAUCACAAUCCAAGCAACAACCACAAGCUCAAAGAGAGAUCUUGUGACAGUGUCACCACAGUUUAAUGUAUCUGAAAGUUUGAACAAAUCAGCAGACAGCAGCCUUACCACAUCACAGAGUGCUGAGAUUUCAACCACUUGGACCAUGGGUGCAGGUACUGGUGUAACAGAUAAUAAUCCCAAACCCAGCAAUGUUACUAUCACAGCGAGUGUCACAUCAUCCUCUGCUACACAAACUGACCCCUAUAACUUCUACAACUCGACAACGAGGAAUGACAUAAGGACAGAGGAGUCCAGCACCGCGGGAAACAGUACAGCAAACUCUACAUCAUCUGGUGCAACCUCAACUCUGAGCGCUGGAAAAACAACAGACGCCAUUGGGGAUAAUGAUACUGCACGAAGUCAUCUGGUCUGUGUGUUCAUCAUCGUUCCAGUUCUGGUAUUGAUCGCUGUGGCUGGCAUUCACUGGAGGAGACAAAUUAUAAAGCAGAGGAUGGAUGAACCGCCUUCAUUUAAACCUCCUCCUCCGCCAGUCAAGUAUACAGCUGCAAAACAACGGGACAAUUACCCCAUCUCAAGGUGUAACUCAGGAACAGAACUUGAAAUGAAGCAUCAGUUAAAUGAUGUAUAAUGUAAGCUGUGUCCUGUCUUGGUUACAUGCACAUGCAUCUACUUUCAGUUGUGGUCGUUUUCAAACUGUGGUGACAGCAUUCUCAAGCAAUUCUGCAAAUGCAGGCUGUGUGUUUAUCUGGCUUGGGUUGGGUAGAUUCUUUGCUAUUGUGUAUAAAACUUUUCAGGGUUUGGUUUUACUCUUACAGAAGCUAAGUAUUUUGAGAUGUUUUUGUUUUUGUUUUUUUGUUUUUUCUAGGGAUUUCUUGUAUAUUGAAUGUAUGACAAUUCACAACAAAGUUUCUAAUAUUUGAAAAUAAAAACUGGUUUAAUU